AAAAAAAGCUUUUUACGUAAAGAAGCGCUUUGAUAAAAGCUGCUACGUGCACGAACAAAGCAGGCCUUAGUGGGGUGGCAAUGCUGAAGAGAGGCAAUGCAGGACCUCGCUAUGCUGGACCUCGUUAUUCUGAGCCUCCAUUUCCUCAUGUGUUUCCUCAUCUCUCUUGUGAUCUGGUAUGGAUCUCAGGACAAGGAUUUGCACAACGUGAGCAAAGGGACAGCUGAAAUGGAGCAUGAUACUCUUGUAUAUGUUGGUAAAGAAGAUGACAUAAAAAAGUCCCAAAGAAUAACCACCAAGGUCAACGGCAGAGAAGUUGUUGUUUUCUACCAUGAAGGGAAAUUUUAUGCUAUGGAUGCUCGUUGCUACCAUGCAGGAGGACCUUUACAUCUUGGAGAUAUAGAGGAUAUCAAUGGUCAGUCGUGUAUUAUUUGUCCUUGGCAUCAGUAUAAAAUUACUUUGGAAACAGGAGAAGGAUUGUAUCAAGCCAUAAACCCUCUGGAACCAUCACCAACACCUCGGUGGCUAUCAAAAGGAGUGAAACAAAGGAUUCAUAAAGUUACCGUAGACAACGGAAACAUUUACGUGAGCCCUCCAGAUUUGUCUGUAAGCUUUGACUCGGACUAUUAUGCUGACAAGUACAAAAGCAAUGGUGAUUUUGCUGUGGGAAAAUAAAGCAAAUCACAAGUAGCAGUACAAAUGGUAGACAUAAGGAGGAAUCCUGAUAAAUGAAGAAUCAUUGUCAUUAAAUGAAACUUUAAUGUUGCUGUGAAGAUUGUUUCCAGAUAAAAUUCUAGGAGUAAUGUUAUGUUAAAGCAUUGAAUAAUGUAGAAACAAAAAGAUAAAUGUAGAGGCUCCUAUCUUCUCAGAACCAACUGAUCAUGUGCUGGCAAAGUGUUUUUGCUCUUGCCUUUCAAAAAGACUUAUGACUGCUUCAUAAUACUUGACAUUUCAAAGAUCUUAUUUGCUAGUAUUCUAAUUUUUAUGAGGCAGAGUAGUACAGAGUUGUUACUGCUUAUAAAACACAUUGAAAAGUUUAAGUUAAAUAGUCUGGUAUAAAGGUUAUAUUUACAUAUUUAACAGUUUAUACUUACAGUGCCUUCUGUGUAAGUGACAGAUUGAAAUUUUAAACUUUCUAGAUAUGCUAGUUAAUUUCUGACCUUUAUUAAUCUAAAGAGCCAGAUUUUCACAAAGAGAAGUACAAUAUGUGAACGAAUUUUAAUGUGCUUCUCUACAUCUAUUUACACGUCACUACCGUGGUUCCAUAGAAGUAUUUAUUUUCUUCUUCCUCACUGAACUCUUUUCAUAGUACAUCAUGUAAUGUCAGUAGUACUUGUCAUGCAUAAUUCAUUUUUCCA